AUGGCCGAGCGCGUGGUACCUGUUAUUUCUCUCAACGACUUCGAAAGAAGAAAAGAUGAGAUUACCCAACAACUGGUACAUGCUGCCGAGACAGCUGGGUUCUUGACACUGGUAGACCACGGAAUUACCGUCGAGGAAAUCGAGCGGCAAUUUGCCAUAUCCAAGUCCUUCUUCGACUUGCCAUCCGAUGUCAAGGGGAAGACUCCUCAUAGUAACGCCCAGCUGCGCCCCAGCACUGGCGUGUAUGACGAGAAGGAAUCUCUCUGGCUCCAACGUGGGUCGGACUGGCCAAGCGAUGAGGAUGUCCCUGGGUUCCGGGAUACUACUGCUCAUUUCAUGGCAAAAUGUGCGACAAUUUCGGAACAACUCUUUAUCUGCUUUGCGACCGCACUGGGAUUCCCGUCCGAUUAUUUCUGUGUCGCGAACGAUGUGACCAAGCCUGACUGUCUCACACAGCUGCGGCUGAUCCAUUAUCCACCAACAGUAGAUGCUGCUGGUACCUGGCGGGCUGGAAGCCAUACAGACAUCGGGUGUCUUACCCUACUAUUUCAGCGAGAUGGUGAAGACGGUUUGGAGAUCUGUCCUGGCCGUGAAUCGCAUACGAGUUUCGCAAUGGGUGACGUUUUUAGUCCGCUCCCUGCCAAAACCGGGCAGAUUGUUGUUAACAUCGGUGACAUGCUGAUGGCGUGGUCAGACGACCGCCUGAAAUCUACCUUCCACCGAGUGCGAGCGACGGACGUAGGAGAAUCGCCCUCACGUUACUCGGUUGCCUAUUUCAACCAGGGAAGGCGUGAUUAUAUCAUGCAAGGCCCACAAAAGAAAUAUCCUCCAAAGAGUGUAGGGGAGUGGUUCAAGGAGUCAGUAGAUCGAAACUUUGCAUACCAGAAGAGUGUAAUUGCCAACUGA